AUGCAUUUUAUAUUCCCCCUGGUUGUAGCCGCCCUCGCUCGCGCGGCUAUCACAGCUCCGGCUCAACCUGAUCGCCAAGACCAGCACUCUUUAAGCAACAGUCAAUUGGACGAGGGACUUGGCCAAAUAGCAAAAGCUGCCUCGACACACGAUGCACAUUCGAACCCAAUAAACACCGGGGCCCCGAGACGAGAACAAGAAGCCUCGCCUGCCGAUCAGCUGGUGUGGGGACGAUUCACGGCGGGCAACAUUGCACGAAAGUCAAGAGGUCGUGCCCUGGUGGGGGGUCUCGCCAUCCAGGCCAGACAUCGCGCGCAGAAGCGAUUCUCCAUCCCACCAAAGGAACCAGAAGAAGCGACCGGGGAGCGUGUCUACAGGCCGAAUCCGACGGCUGGGCAAAACCCGCGGCGGACACAAGGGCGGGUCCCAAUGCACAGAACGAUGGAUCAGCAGCGCGAGUCCCUCCGCCGAGGCCCCUACGCAGGACACCAGCGCGAUGCGCAAACAUCGAGAGAGCAAGAUGCCGGGCAGUCGCGGCCGCAGAAGCGGGGUUCGACGACGGCCCCGCAGCCCUUUGGCUAUGGCGAUCUCCAAAUGUCACGCUCCCAGUUCGAACGUGGAGCGGCGGUUGUCGCAGACAUAAACAAGCAGUGGGAAAAAGAAACACGGCCGAUGGAAAUUGCCAGGCUUGCUCAGGUGGCGGCUCAAGAAAAGGCCGAUUGCGAAAAGGAAGCCAGGAGACGGGCAAAAAAGGACAGGUUUGGUCGCGCUUUCCGCGCCUGUAUAGGGAAGAAGGACCGUCACGCGCGAGAGCAGUCUCACCCAAACGUAUGA